AUGCGACCGCGACCCAUCUCUGGCCCCCUGACCCGUACCGCUCCGCCGCCCUCCUCAGCAGCGUCGAGCGACGCGUCAGCCCCCACUACCCCCGUCCAUCACCGCGGGGCCGCCCCACCGCGCCAAUCAGCGAUGGAGUCGCCGGCCCCUCGCUCUUUAUGCUCGUCCGCGUCGUCGCUGCACUCCGCCGAGGGGGAUAGCGACAUGGAAGCCCACGCCGUCCGCCCAUCUGCUCCUUCGCGACCGGAGACACCACGAGCUGUGCCUCUGUCCGCGGAAAGCGAGCCUAAGAGGAGGUCGCUAUCCUUCUCUGCGUUUGAGCGGCCUUCGGCUAUGGACACGGACGCGCAAACAACCAAAGCCCGAAUCCGCCGACCGCGUAGCCCGGAAGAGGACACCGAGGCUAAGCGGUACAAACCCGCCCCCCAACGCGCGAUUGGCGCGAUACGCCGGAGCGGUCGAGGGCAGAUCAUACGCCCUUGUGCCGGUGCUCGUCGUCAUAACACAGCAGCCAACGCGGGUCGCCCCUCCCGCGCCACGUCACAAAAUUACUUGGGACACUUUCACAGGUACACCACUACGCCUUCUCGGCCGGUCAACUCCGCUGCCGACUUGGAGAGGCUGGCAGCCGAGCUGACGGACAGCAUUAGAGGCGCCCUUGACUCGGCUAAGAUGACUAUCCCGCUUACCCAGGGGCGAUUACCACCCUUGCCGGCUCACCUCAAGGCAAUGCUAGUCGACAAGCGGCGCCUCUGA